AUGUACCUGAUAGACCUCCUGCACCGCGCCAUCGACCAUUGCCUGUCCCAGGUGAAGCUGGUCCAGAACCGUGAGAUCGGAUGGCAGACGGUCGACCGCAAGACGGGCAAACCCAUGCGCGAGCAGCAACCCAUCUUCAAGAAACUCAAGCUGCUCUUCCUCUUCAGCCGCCUGGUAGAAUGGAUCGACGUGACGAAAACCAUGCGGCUGUGGAUCCACGACAAGACCAUCCGAGAAGGCAAAGCCGAAGGCACACCGGCGUCGGCAUCGCGCAUCAAACCCUUCGUCGACUUCUACCACAUCGACAUGGACGAGUUCGACCCAUCAGACAUUCAGGCGUACGGCUCGUUCGAGGACUUUUUCGUGCGCAAACACAAGCCUGGCAGCCGGCCGGUCUUCGCCCCCAAUGACCCGACCAAAGCGGUCGCGGUGGCCGACGCCCGCCUGGUCGUGUACCCGACGGUCAGCGAGACGCGGCGCCUCUGGAUCAAGGGCCACAACUUUACCAUUGCGAAUCUGAUCAAGGACGACGAGCUGGCACAGUCCUGGGUCGACGGAGCCGUGGCCAGCUUCCGGCUCAGCCCGCAGGACUACCACCGCUACCAUUCCCCGGUCACGGGCACGGUCAGCUGGUACAAGCAGAUCCCCGGGCAAUAUUACCAAGUCGACCCCGUAUGUCUGCAGAGCGACGUCGACAUCCUGACCGAGAACGCGCGCUGCUGCGUCUGCCUCGACACGCGCGAGUUUGGAAAGGUCCUGUUCGUCGCCAUCGGCGCCACCAAUGUCGGCACCGUCGACAUCAACCGAAAAUGCCAAACGCCCGGAUCGCAGGUCGACAAGGGAGAUGAGGUCGGCCUGUUCCAGUUCGGCGGGUCGAGCAUCAUCGUGGCGUUCGAAGCCGGCCGCAUCGAAUUCGAUGCCGAUCUUCUUGAAGUCAGCCGUCGCCCGAUCAUGAUGGAUGUUGAGGUGGGGAUGAGUUUGGGGGAAGCUCGGUGA